AUGUUUAUUAUGUCUUAUUCACAAGGUAACAUUCUUCCUACAACACAUCAAACAACAAAUGUAGAUGAUUCGUUAGCAGUAUUACCUGACAUUGCAGACCUUUGGAAAUUGGAAACUAUUGGAAUAAACUCACUUGAAAAUAAGAAUUCCGACGAUGAAGAAGUUAUGAAUCAUUUUAAAAACACUGUAAAGAGAGACGGAGAAAGAUACGAAGUGGCGUGGCCAUGGAGAAAGGAAAACAUUGCACUACCAGAAAAUUAUGAACUAUGUAUUGGAAGAUUGAAAUCGUUAUAUAAGAGAUUAUCAGAGAACCCCGAGGUACUACGAAAAUACGACGCCAUCAUUAAAGACCAGUUGCAAAAAGGAAUGAUCGAGACACUAGAGGACAAUAGUGAAAGAGGAGAGAGGAUACACUACAUACCGCAUCAUGCAGUCAUCACACCUGAGAAGAAUACAACGAAAGUUCGAAUCGUUUAUGAUGCUUCAGCAAAGACAAAGAAAUCAAACUUAAGCUUAAACGAAUGUCUACAUCGCGGGCCUGUCAUCCUAGAAGACCUUUGUGGAUUGCUGAUACGAUUCCGUACAAAGAAGAUUGGAUUAGUUGCAGACAUAGAGAAAGCGUUUUUACAAGUUUCUUUACAACCUAAAGAGAGAGACGUAACGAGAUUCGUUUGGUUAAAAGACAUCAACACUCCACCUUCACCGGACAACCUACAAACCUUCAGAUUUUCAAGAGUUCCCUUUGGUAUCAUCUCAAGCCCUUUUCUACUUGGAGCAACGAUAAAACAUCACUUGGAAGAAACAUCAGAUGCAGAAGUAACAGAAGAAGAAGUAUCAGAAGUAUCAAACAUCAGCAAAGACAUGUAUGUAGACAAUCUUAUGACUGGAACUAACAGCAAUGAAGAUGCAAUCAAUUUAUAUGAAAACUCUAAAGAAAGUUUCAAAGCAAUUGGAAUGAACAUCAGAGAUUGGAAGUCAAACUCAACAACAGUUAACAACGCUUUUCCCGAAAAUGAUCGACUAGAAGGAACAAUGAUCAAAGUGCUUGGACUUCAGUGGAAUACAGAGAAUGAUCAAUUGAUGAUAACGACUGAAAAAUUCAAGAACCUAUCACCAGCAACAACAAAACGACAAGUCCUUACAACGAUUGCGUCACUGUUUGACCCGCUCGGAUAUCUUUCACCAUCAACAAUAAAGAUGCGACUUUUCCUACAGAAACUUUGGGAUCAAGAUAAAAAUUGGGAUGAUGAGUUAGAGAAAACGACAUCGACGAAUGGAACCGUAUAAAGUCCG